UCAACCCAAGGGACCGCAAGAGUUGAGUUGGUUCCUUGUUUGAAAAAAUCAAUCCUUGGUUGCUUGCUUUGUUGUUAUCAAGAAGGUAGCUACUCCCGCCGUGGCUGAGUGCUCUUGUACUAGUUAGUACAAAGUUGACUCAUCUAUUUUGGAACGGAGGGAGUACCUAGCUGCUUCCUCCCUCUCUCCUAGUUAGUUUGCUUCACCCUCUCACACUAUACGUACAGACUGGGCGUGGACGUUAGGGCCAGCAAAUCUUGACAGCACCAAGGAGUUAAUUAAUAUGAGAGGGGGAGGGUGGCAUUCAUAAGAAGGAAUACCAGAAGGCCGUUGCAGCUGCGUCCGCCGUCUCGCCGCCGGCAAACUUCCUUGAAUUGCCAGCUUCUACAGGAUGCGUUCUAUUGAUGAAACGAUCACCCACAACGUCGACAGAAUGGACUAUAAUAAUUUCAUCGGGCAACUUCGUUUCAUCCUCGCGAACCACCGCGACAACCCAAAGCAGCAUGUCCGCGACCUCCAUAGGAAAAUCCGUUACGUGCUUCCCAAGCAGAGGCAUUCCAGAGAGCCGGAUAGGUGGAUAUACAUCAAGCUUGAACUGGACGACGGCGCAGAGACGACACUAAGGGUCCGGGACGACAACGUUUACCUGACUGGCUUCGAGAAUAAGGAAGGAGAAUUGUUCGAGUUUGGUUUCUCGGGGACGACGAUGAUUGACGGUAGCAAGAAGAAGAGCAGGCCUAUGGUCCGAGACAAAGAGUCCAGGUUCUUGGAAUGCGAUGUCAACUACGGGAGCCUAGUACAUGGAGGGGCGGGGAAGCUUGUGAAAAUGUGUCUUGGCCCAGAGCCCGUGCGCUCAGCCGUGCGCUGGCUAUCAGGCUACUCACAAGGUGAAGGCGGCAGGGUUGACGAGCGCACCAAACGUGCACUGGCAUUUCUCAUGGUGAUGGUUUGCGAGGCCACAAGAAUGCGCCCGCUCCAGAUGCAGGCGGGCUGGCAGGCCAAGUGGUGCUGCACCGACCGCAAGCACGUGGACUACAUCUGGGGUUGGGGCGACAUGUCUGAGGCCCUGCUGCGGUGGGACAGGGAGUCGGGCAACUUCAAAUUCCCCCAGUGUCUGAGGGAUAUCGGGGUCGGGAGCGCAUUGAAGGCAUUUGGUAUAGUUGAGCUGCUGCUUAACACGCCCAUUCAUCGUCCGCCCCGAUGGCGGGGGGAGCGGUACCAGCCAGGGCGGCCCGCGGCAGGUGACGACGACGACGCCAGGCGAUCGGAGCAACAGCGCCGCCGCGCGGCAGGUGACCGUGGCGGUCAGAGGCCCGCUGCAGGUGAACAUGGCAGCGGAUCCAGGGGGCAGCAGCAGUCUCCCCCUCCUCCUCCUCCUCCUAACAAAAAAAGGAGAACCGAGCAGCAGCAUGACCAGGACCAGCAGCAGCAGCCGUCUGACAAGGGCAGCGGGGAUUCCCACCAGCAGGAGACACCAUCGGAAUCGCCUGCUGACGAUUUCGUGGCCCGUGGCCGGCCAUUGGUGGAGGUGUUCGCCGUGCGCGCCGGCUUCCAUUUCGUCGGCACCAUUUCCGUGUUCGACGGCAUGCGCGGCCAGGUCAUCUACGAGAUGGGCAACAAUGGCGGUGCUCCUCCUAUCCAUGGCUCCUCUUCGAGCUCGGGUGACGACGACCAGCCGCGGCCGCUGCUGCUGACUGGGCCAUACCGAGCCAUCUCCGCGUACGGGAGCUUUACCAUUGAGGUUGACAUCAGCGGCGCCGGAGACGUUGGUGAGCUGGAUUGGGACUGCUACGACCAAGCAAAGGUUUACGACAGGCAAGUUACAGAGACCAUCACAACGAGCAGCAGCGGCCGGAAGGUACACGUGACCUACGCGGUGCUGAGCGACGCCGUGGAUGCCGAAUUGGAAGUCCACCUUCGCCUCCCCGGAGCCACUGCCGCCGCCGUCUACGGUCGCAUCGCCACGCGCAGCAAGGCGUUCCAUGAUGAAGACACAUCAUGGAGCGUGCUGUUCGACUCGGAGGUCGAGGGGGUGCUGCUCGUCGCCGGUACCCGGUUGCCGCUGGCACGGUCUGUCGUGGCCAUGCCACUUGGUUCGCCGCUCCUGAUAACGGCAACCCUGUACGAUGCACCACCAAGCCAACAUGGUGUCAGCCCCGUCUUUCAAUUCCAGGAUAUGGAGCUCACCCUUGAUAUGAGGAGAUGCUCUGCCAACAACGGCGGCGGCGAGUUUGAAGUCAGCAUCACCUCGCCUGACCACUAUCCCCGGCCAAGGCGAAAUGACACUGCGACCCCACGACCAAGGCCUACCAACCACUAUGGUUGUUCGUGAUGUUAAUGUAUUGUAGCAGAUUUGUUGUACUGUAUCACGUAUUUGCCGGCUGUUCAUGCACACAAGCAUCAGACUUAUGCACGCCUGUAUGUCCACGUUUGUCGUUUGUUUGGAAGUGUUCC